AUGUCUCAACCAAGUAGCAAGACGACCAGCUCCGAGAUAAUUUUCUACGAUCUAGCCAGUAAAGGUCAUUGUGCCUCCUGGUCACACAAUGCCUGGAAGGCACGUCUAGUUCUGAAUUAUAAAGAGAUCCCAUACAAGACAAUUUGGGUCGAAUAUCCAGAUAUAGCACCCAUAUUCGAGUCCCUCGGCGUUUCCGCAAACCCAACCGGUAUAGCCUACACAAUCCCCACUAUCCGUCUCCCCGAUUCCACCUACCUCCAAGAUUCCCGCUCCAUCGCCUCCACCCUAGAAACAUCCUACCCUACCCCCACUCUCCCCAUCAUUUCCCCGUAUCUCUCCCAGGUCGAAGACCUAAUCCCCAAACUUCAACUUUCAACCCGUCCACUAUGGAUGCCUCUUCUUGCCACAGACCUUCUAAAUGAUUCCUCGCGUACUUAUUUUGAAGAAACUCGAAAGAAAAGAGUCGGCAUGCCACUAUCCGAAUACGGCAAGAAGGAAGGCGGAGAGAAAUGCUGGGAAGAUGCUAAGCCAACUGUUCGGGAAUUGGGGCAACUGUUAAAGGCUAACAAUGGACCGUUUAUAGAGGGAGAUACUCCAUCGUAUGCAGAUUUCUUCAUCGUUGCCACAUUGCAAAUGUUGAGAAGGAUUGAUGCAGAUAUCUUUGCACGAUUGGUGGAAAUGGAGGAGGCUCUGAGGAACGUCUAUGAUGCCUGUAAACCUUGGUUAAAGCGGGAUGAUUAUUGA